UGAGGGAGGAACUCCGACAACAGAAAGUCAACCAGGAAACCGAGUCUGCUAAACUGACCCGCCGCCCCGGUCUGACAGCUAAACGGCGGUAUUAACAUCAGGAAUAACACAAUAUAUUAAUACAAGAUUUGUUUUUGGUGAUUAAGUGGACACAGAGCAGCGACAUGGCUUCCCUUUUCAAGAAGAAGACUGUCGACGACAUAAUCAGGGAACAAUCUAAGGAGUUGCGUGGCACUCAGAGACAGAUCACCAGGGACAGAGCAGCGCUGGAGAAACAAGAGAAACAAAUGGAGGCAGAGAUCAAGAAAAUGGCAAAGAGUGGUAACCGGGAGGCAUGUAAGAUCCUCGCCAAGCAGCUUGUCCAGCUGAGGAAGCAGAAAAACCGGACAUACGCCGUCAGCUCUAAGGUCACCUCCAUGUCUACACAGACAAAGGUCAUGAACUCCCAAAUGAAGAUGGCUGGUGCCAUGUCCACCACAGCCAAGACAAUGCAAGCAGUGAAUAAAAAGAUGGAUCCACAGAAGACCCUGAAGACCAUGCAGGACUUCCAGAAGGAGAACAUGAAGAUGGGCAUGACCGAGGACAUGAUCAACGACACUUUGGAUGAGAUCUUUGAUGAGUCUGGGGAUGAGGAAGAAUCUCAGGACAUUGUCAACCAGGUUCUGGAUGAGAUCGGCAUUGAGAUUUCAGGAAAGAUGGUGAGAGCUCCAGCUGCAGGAAAGAGUGUCCCCGGCGCCACCUCCUCCAAACAAGCCACCAUCUCUGAUGACGAGAUUGAGAGACAGCUCCGAGCUCUGGGAGUGGACUAAUUGUUGUCUUUGUGUUAAUGUUCACAGUAUAAACCAGUGCAACAUUAAUACUGAUUGAUAGAGACUCUGUAAGACAAUUGAAUUUGUCAUGUUCAAAUGCUACAGGUGUAACAAAAGGUGCGCAUCAACACAUGCAAACACACACACACACACACACACACACACACACACACACACACACACACACACACACA